CUCACACUCAGUCUAUUCUCCGGGAUCCGACCCCAAAAUUUUCUUCUGCCAACCUAGAUACAGACUCAUAUCAUUGCUUUCCAACCCGUCCAAAAGACCUUCUUAACCAGCCCACUCCUCCCUCCUCCUUUCUUCACAAUGUCCUCCGAACAACUUCCCCUCUCAAACGACGCCUCUGCGGCUACAAUCAACCCUUUGGCCGCCCAUCCCGUCCACCCUCAAGAUGCCCAGGGACGACAGCCCGCCGCCGCCUCCGCCGCCUCCCCCGAACUCGCCAGUGGGAAGGUGAAGCUCACAGGCGCUCUGCGUCACUUUGCCGAUUUCCCCAUCAAGGGCAUCGACUUUGUCGACAUCAUGCCCCUCUUCCUCGACCCCACCGUUCACCAGACUCUCGGCGACGCCCUUGAGUUGCAGGUCAAGGAGGGUUUCCAGACUCUUCCCGACGUGAUUGUCGGUCUCGACGCCCGUGGUUUCCUUUUCGGCCCCGGCAUGGCUCUCCGUCUCGGCACCGGCUUCGCUCCUGUGCGCAAGCAGGGCAAGCUGCCCGGCCCGUGCGUUACCGCCGAGUACCAGAAGGAGUACGGCUCCGACUUCUUCCAGAUGCAGCAGGAUGCUAUCAAGCCUGGCCAGAAGGUUCUGGUCGUCGACGAUAUCAUUGCUACUGGUGGUUCCGCGAAGGCUGCGGCCGACCUCAUCAAGCAGCUCGGCGGCGAGAUCGUCGGCUACCUCUUCAUCCUGGAGAUACCCGGCCUGAACGGCCGUGAGAAGCUCGGCGACACCAAGACCGUCAUCCUCCUCGAAGACGCAUAAAGUACACCACGGGAGUGGACCACAUGGGUCUUGCAUACAAGCCCGGUGAUCAGCACAUAUCUUUGAUGGGCGGGCUGUUGUCUCCGAUUCAACUUGGCACGGCCUCAGCUCUCGAAAGUACAUAGAUACCUGCCGCGGGAUGAUUGGCCGUGAUGCCAACCGAGGUAUCAAGGUCAAUGAAGCGCGGUCGUUUUCCUUUGAACAUGAUCUACCUCGGUCCCUUUACACAAGGACACGCGCGAAAACGUGA